AUGCCUUGCAGUAGCAAUGACACGGGAGCAGGAGGCAGCUGGGUAGAUACCCUUACGCCCGCGGCCUUUCUGGUUUCUCCCGUUCCUCUCCACAGCACGAGCAGCAGCCGAGAACACCAAGUUGCGUCUCUGAGCAGCGGCGCCUCGAAUGGACAGAGGCAGGCUGCCUCCCGUGGAUCACUCCUCGCUCCUGCUUCGUCGCAGGCGGUUCCAGCCUCGGACACCCUCAGAGUCGCACCCGAUCCGGCUCUGUGUUCGCAGCCUUCCCCGCAUCUUCCCUCUCAGAUUGGGUUGGUUUCUCAGCGCGCUGUGAAGUGGACUGAAUCUCACGACGACGGACAUUCCCUGACGCGCUACAACUCAGCGCAGAGCUUCGAGUCCGUCGGAAGCGAGCGAGAUGUGUACUUGACGCCGACACCGUCAAAGGAUGGAGUGGUUUUCUCACCCAACGCUUCGCUCGCAGAAGGUCCGCCUGCAAGGCGGACCCGCGGGGGGGAUGCUGCCGUGCAGCGCGAAGGAGUGACGAGGUUGGAAAGCGGGUCUUCUCAAGAGGCAACUUUUCCCGCAAGCUCGCGUUUCCCGGAGUCACCUGAGCGUCACCCUCUGCGCUUGGCCGAGUCCGCGGGCUCUGCGGUGUCUGCUCAUCGAGAAAGCCAGAGGGACGUCAGCGACACGCUCGGGUCCCACGGCGGGGCAGGGGACAGGGAGGUCGAGGGGGGGAAUGGCGGAGUCCUGUUUUUCACUCCGAUCUCUUCGCCGGUUAAAAUCCGCUCGUUUUCCUCGUCGGCUGACGCGGCUGUGGCCAUCAGGGGGGAGCGGCGGGCGUGCGAGCGAGGCGAUGGCGUCUCGUCGUCCCAGUCUUUCCAUGGAGCCUCGAAGGGAAGCGACUCGGGUUCUGUCGACUGGACUGCAAUGUGUAGCCGGACGUACACUCCAAAGCUCGGCUUGCUGCAAAAGUGCUGUGAUGAGACAGACACACGAAACGAAGAAGACGAAAAUGACGAUUCCGAUGCGACACUCUCGUCUUUGCCAGAGGCGAGCGGCGCAACCUCAAGGUCGAUUCGGCCUUUCGCCUCUGGUGGCAAUGUUUGCACUCGCGCAAACCACUUGGGGGGAGAACCCGGUUGCCAGGUGUAUCGACGCCCCGGCAACGCCGCCUCCAGUCGCUUUGCGCUCCGCCACCCUUGCCAGCGUCCUUUGUGUUGGAAAAGAAGCAGAAAGCUCGAAAGGCGCCUGCGGCGUGCGUGGCAUCAGGACUUCCCGUCUGACGAUCCCUUCGAUCUGGAUGCGUCUUCGAGUGCUCAUCUCAGGGCCCUUCUCAUAAGCAGCCCUCAGGAGUCGCGGCGCCUGCGAGCGGCGGGAGAGAGGGAUUCAGACAGGAGCGAAGAGGCGACCAGUGGACAGGCGGAAGCGGCAGCGGGAGAGCAUGCACCCUCUCAGUUGCGCCCCUAUCGCCACCCUGCCAGACCAAGGCGCGCUUCAGGGUCCACGGUCCACCCGCAACGAGGCGCUGGCGACGUGCCUUGGCCGAAGAAGACAGACGCGUUCGAAGGCUGCUCAGUGGCUUUGACGUCUUCAGAACGCAAGUCGCCGUUCUGGGAAAGACACGGGAGAAAGGAGUGCUUCGGAGAAGGCACGCGAGAUUCUCGUGGAGACCAAGGGGCCGAUCGAGUACAGGACACCGGCAGCGUUGCAUUCGAACAGCCUUCAGGUGCGCGAAGAGGACGAGGCACCAGAGCCGACGUGGGUGAGAAUGGGCACGGCUUUUCGCACAUGCUGGGACAGAGAAGUGCGGUCGAGCUCGACCACGCAUCGGAAGAAGGCUCGCCCCUGUUUGUGUCCCCCGUCACAGAAUGCCUUCUCGAGCCGGAAGAGUCUUGUCGAAUACCUUUCCCUCUCGGGCCGGCUGCUGGGGAGCUCGUUUCUCUCCCUUCCUCGCCACCCACCAUAGGAGCCGGCGCGCCGCAGGCUCGAGGAAGUGUGUCUCUUCGCGACAGGCCAGAGGAGACAGGCACGUCCCUCCAGGGCACUGGCGAGGACGGCCUGAGCCAGAAGCAGAGAAGGGACUCCGUGUCUGAUUUUUUCACUCCGACGAGUCCGGAACACGAGAGAGAAGGCAUGCCGUCUCUGCGGAGACGAGAAACAGGAGCGGGGGGGACUGGAGCCAGUGUGGCGUAUCGGAGACGGUCGCUGGGCCCGGGAGGGUGGGAAAAGUUUGAGGAAGAAGACAGCGAGGAGUCUGAGGUUUCUUGUCAGCGAGGAAUAAAGAAACGCUGUCCGCCCUCAGAGUCACCCGAGAUCGGCUCGAAGAGCGGGCCGCCGACUCUGCACUCCACGCACAUGUGGGUUCAUGAGGACAAAGAUCGACAGAGUCAGCCUCUCGGAGGGGCGCGCCUAAGUGAAGGAGACAACGGCGACAGGCGCCUGGGGAACCGUUCCGGGCUGAGCCUCGUGCGAGCGGCUGUCAAAGCACCUCCCCCGACGUGGCACGCAUGGGCAGAGGCAACGUCCGACGAAGAACUCGAUCAUGAGGAUCGGAGACUUCCGAAGCGCCGGCGUUUCUCCGUGUCCACGUUGGAACCUCAGAGCUCGUCAGAAGAAGACAUGGUUUCCGUAGAGAAAGGUUCCACGGUUCCGACAGCCAGCCCGCCUCGGGUUCCUCCAACAGAGCCAGCGGCGCCUUCUGUCCCUGUGUCCUCGGCACCUCAUGCGUCGCUCUCUUCCUUGCCUGCGGAGCCUUCAUCUUCCGUUUUCUCCCCUCUGCCGCCUGUGCCGGGGGGUCCGCAACGUGGGAAGGAAGAGGCUGCAAUCGCAGCCUUGCUCGCGGCGCCGCCGCCUCCUCCACCUCCAUUUUCGCGUCUGCUGAGGAAGCGAAAGCGACACAGCACAGGGGGAGUCGCGCGACGCAUGCGCCUUCAUGGUCCUGGCUUCGCAGGUCCGGGCCUUCCCUCUGCAGACGAAGCCACGCUGGUGAACAGUCUGGGCACGGCCUUGACGGCAGAGGAGACCCAGGAGCUUCGCCAGCGCGAAAAGGAAGAGCGGGUGAGGCACCAAAUGCUGGAGAAGAGACGCAAAGAGGAGGAGGCGCGGGCUGCGGAGAUCGCGAGACUCCAGAAAAAAACCGAAGCUGAGAAGGCUGCGGUGGCAGCUGCAUGCACCUCCCUGGGAGCUGCGGCGAAGCCAGCAGGGGCGCACAGCGGCCUUUCGUCUCCGGCGCCGCAAUUCGUCUUUGGUGCGAAUCGCCCGGACGGAGACGCGAGCUCUGGAAAGCCGAACGCGGCUCCGGCAAGCGCACCUCUGGGAAAGGCCGAAGCGCGGCCCUCGGGAGCACAACUCGCCUUUGGUUCCGGCUCCGGCGCCCUCCCAACUUCCACAGAAAAGCCGACGGAGACGCCAGGGAGCGCAGGUGUCAGUGGAGCCGCAGCGGCUGCGCCGGUGCUUGUGCCGGGGCAACGGAGGCCGCGGUUGACGAUCGUGCGCCCGUCUGCGAGUGGAAACCAGGCCGUGCCUUCGACGGGCGUCAAGAAUGCGUUAGGCACGACGCCGGGCGGCGGAACUCUUGCUGCGGCAGCUCCUGCUCCGGCCUUCGGCGGUGGCUCUGGGCCUGCAGUCGCUCCCAAGCCGUCAGGAGCCGCAGGGGUUGGUGGAGCCGUUUUCGGAGUAUGCACAGGGGCCGCUGGAGGCACACCUGAUCCUGGAGCUUCUUCUCUGUGGGGGAGGCCUGGGAGUCAGGGACCAGACGUGGGCUCUACCGGCUCGGGAUCUGCGGGCGACGGCCUUCUGCCUGGCUUCGGGUCCGCAGCGCUUGGCCCGGCAGGCGCCUCCGGCGCCUCUCUUGCGUUUGGCGCGGGCCUCGUUGGAGCCGUGCAAGACGGUGGCGCUGGAGCAGCAGGGGGAGCCAAUCCUUUCGCUUUCCAGCGUGGUGGGCGUGGACCACGGGGAAUGCGCGGCAGGGGAGGCCGGAGGCGAUGA